UUGAGUUGAUACACUUCAAUGACCUGCCCUUAUGCAAGCCAAACAGAGUAGGACCCACUAAAAGACCAACUGGGAUAGUCUUGAGGUGACAACCCUCAACACUUCUGGCUAGUAACGUAUUCGUGAGUUGACCAAGCCUAAAGUAUGGCGUCAGGCAUUCUCACGACCCUACUUCUGUUCUGCGCAGUACUGUUAGUGAUAGAAGGUGGGAAGAUUCGUCAUAAGGAAGACUCAGAAGAGAAUGAAGAUGCUUGUCAGAGAUAUAUGGAUGUGGCCAUUGUUGGAGCUGGACCUGCCGGCACUUACUCCGCCUACAGGCUGCGGGAACAGAACCUUCGAGUGGAAGUCUUCGAAUACUCCAACCGUGUGGGUGGACGGCUCUACACAAGCAGGCUGCCAGACGCACCCGAUGUGCCAGUGGAGCUAGGAGGGAUGAGAUUUAUCCCUCAAGUGCACACUAGAGUUAUGCACCUGGUUCAAGAGCUGGGUCUGACUUCACGUUUGUUUUCCCUGAACUACGAGAACACUGCAGAUUCUCGCUUCUUUCUAAGAGGUAAAAGUUUUCUGCCACAGGAGCUUGCAGAAGGAGACAUCCCUUACAAACUCAGCGCAGAGGAGAAGGCCAAUCAAGGGAGAAUAUUCAGGUAUUAUCUGGAGAAGUUGACAGGAUAUAAUGGCACCGAUGUUGAUGAAAUUAUGCUGCUGCAGCUCAAAGUUAAAGAUGGAAGAUAUCUUUAUGCAGUACCAAUCGAUGAAGCUCUUGGGAUGGUAGCCACGGAAGAAGGCCGACAGUUUAUGCUGGCCUUGGAUCAAUUUGAAUCAGACUUCGCCUCGGACACAUCUCUAUCUUUCAUAGAGAAUAAUAUUGGACCUUACAGUGGAGAUUACCCAGUUGUAACUGUAACUGAAGGAAUGAGUGCUAUACCCAAAGGACUUCUCCGAGCAUUUCUGGAUGCUAGUUCCAGACAUCAAGUGACAUUGAACAGAAAGCUUCUCUCUAUAGUACGGAAUGAUGCCGUUGGAUAUCGCCUGGUCUUCCAAAAAACUCAGACCCAAGAUGGAGUGACAACACUGCUGGACUCAUUUGAUGUUGUGUGUGCUAAAAAGAUAAUUCUGGCGUUACCAAGGCUUGCUCUUAGUCAAAUCGAAUGGAAUCCACUCAGAGAUGACAGAGUUAAUGAAGCGAUCAACGCUGUUCGUGACGUCAAAGUCGUCAAAGUGUUUUUAACAUUCCCAACACGAUGGUGGAUGGACAGCUCCACUUACCCAGCGCGUGUGACCUACUCUGAUCUCUCUUUCAGCCAGUUCUACGACUGGGGUCGGUCCAACGUCACUGGGCAUUACAUCAUGUUGGCCAGCUACGCGGACGAGACGAGGGCCAAGUUACUGGCUUCCCUGAACGCCAAAGGGAACCUGGCAAGUGGAUCGGUCGGAGGACCUCACAGAGUCACCAAAGGUCUGGUUGAUAGUCUGCUAGAUGACAUCGCCAAGGCGUACGGAACUGACCGCAGAUACAUCCCUGAACCAAUCUCUGCCAUGGCCCAGUUCUGGGGAAGCUAUCCUUUUGGUGGGGGCUGGGUCGUGUGGAAGGCCGGGUACCGCUACGAUGACGUCAUCUCUACUGUCCAGCGACCAUCAUUGACUGACCAGAUAUUUUGUGUUGGGGCUGACCACUCCAGGGGUUACCAUGUUGGCUGGUCAGAAGGGGCGUAUGAAACAGUGGACAGGGUUAUGGAUAUGUACUUUUUGUAAAGAUACGUGUCUUAAUUUUGGUUAAUGGUCACCAGUAAUUAAAAAUUAUUGUUAAAAAAAUGUAUUUCUGAAGUUUGUAUUGUCAAAUGAAAAGUGCACAUAACUUUGUAUAGUAUUUAUACUGUCAUUUCUAAGCUGUAAUGUGAGUUUAAUAUGAAAUAAAACUGUUUCUUAAUAUCUGCUCCCAUUAA